AAAACACUAAUCGCCUUGUGCCCACCCACCAAGAUGGCACCUUUAUGGGGCAAUACUCGAUGUUUGACGUGAAGUUAUUUACACACCUAGUAUUAAACGAUCAUCGAGACAAGUUCUAGACAUCUUUUCAGUGCAUCGUAGAUGUAAAAAAUAUCUGGAAAGAGUGCGUGCUGUAUAGUAGUGAAAGAUCGAUCGAGUUCCCGAAGAAAAAAUUAUACAGGACGGCCGGUUGGUACUAGUUCAUCCGUCGAACAAAAUCUUAGACAGAUGUACAGUGCUAUUCCAAAGAACAAUUGCUCAUAGUUGUGCUAAACAUUUUAUGAAAAAGAUAAAGUUUAAAGAUCAUCUAAAAUCUGUGUUAUUAAUUUCUAACAAUGUAAUUUUAUCAUCCAAGCUACAAGAGUAACGUUAAAUUGAGAAAGCUCAAAUGAAAUUUUGGCAAAUGUCAUUUGUUUAUAAUUGCUUACAAAUAAAUUUGCACGUUAUUCAAAAACUCGAAGUAUGAUAUUUGACCGAUUUGAAGGAAGAAAAAGGAUAAAAUAAGGAUAGAUUAUUAAAGAUGUUACCAAAGGGAGGCAAUGCUGAUUUUCAUAUAAAGUUUUAGAUCUGACACAAUGACCAAAGGGAUAAACACAAAUUUUUAAUAGUGGCAAAAAUAAAUGGAUAAGAAAAGCUAUUACUAGUGGUACUUAAAAAUGUCCUGAGUAAAACUUGUAAAAGAAAAGAUUUUUAUUUUCACACUUAUUAAUUGUGUAAGUGAUCGUAUUAAGCUUUAAAGAUGGCAAGAAAAAGUGAUAAUAUCAAAACUAUCAAUGUUGCCGUUGUUGGUCUUUCUGGUACAGAGAAAGACAAAGGGCAAGUUGGUGUUGGAAAGUCAUGUUUGUGUAAUCGUUUUAUGCGUUCUUUGAACGACGAUUAUAAUGUGGACCAUAUAUCAGUGUUAUCUCAGUCGGAUUUUAGUGGCAGAGUGGUAAAUAAUGAUCAUUUCCUUUAUUGGGGUGAAGUUAUGAAAACAGCAGAGGAUGGAACAGAAUAUCAAUUUCAAUUGAUAGAACAUACCGAAUUUAUAGAUGAUGCAUCCUUUCAACCUUUCAAAGGUGGUAAAAUGGAACCAUAUGCAAAGAGAUGUGCAGCCACCAAAAUCACCAGUGCAGAGAAGCUUAUGUACAUUUGCAAAAAUCAAUUAGGUAUCGAGAAAGAAUAUGAACAGAAAGUUUUGCCGGAUGGUAAAUUAAAUAUUGAUGGUUUCUUGUGUGUAUUUGAUGUUAGUGUUGUACCAAACAGAUCCAUAGAGAAACAAGUUGAAAUAGUGGCAAAUAUAUUAAAUAGUCUGAUGAAAACUAAAAAGCCAGUAAUUUUGGUAACAACAAAAAAUGAUGAUGCAAAUGAACAGUAUGUGAAGGAAGCAGAGAAAUUAGUAAUGCGCAAAGAAUAUAAAAAUUCAAUUUUAAUAGUUGAAACUUCUGCACAUGAAAAUAUUAAUAUUGAUUUGGCAUUUAUGAUUUUGGCUCAACUGAUUGAUAAAACCAAAAUGCGUAGUAAAGUAACACCUUUCGCGGAAGCAGCUAGAGCUAGGAAAGAACUGUUAGAUGCAUCGACAGAAUCUUUGCAAAGAUUGAUUCGAAUACACGUUACCGAUUAUCGCGCACUCUGGUCUCAAGCAUCUAAGAAAUUAGCUCAGCACAAAGAAUUUUCAACGUUUGUGGAAUUAUUCGGUAUCGACGCAACUCAAAAAUUAUUCAGGAGACAUAUUAAAAAAUUAAAGGAUGAACAAGUAGCAAAGAAAAUUCAGGGAUAUUUGGAUAUGUUACCUGAUAUCCUUCAUGAAAUAUGCCCUGAUAUAACAAAUUUGAUCAACGAAGAGUGGUCUGCAGUGCAACAAUACAUAAAAGAACAUCCUGAUUUUCAUCAGUAUUUCUAUGAGUGCCCUGAAGAUAUUCCUUGGAUUGAUUGUGAUUUUGGUGAAAAUAAUGGAACAAAGAUUCCUUAUGAUGUUUUAGAAACUCCAGACGCUGAAACUGUUUUUAAAAAUCAUAUAAAUGUGUUGCAACAAGAACAACGACGAUUAGAACUUCCCAAAAGAUGGAAAAAACAAUUUAAGCAAUUGUUGGAAGAAACUGGAUAUGUUACACCGGGGAAACAUUUAUCCGAGGUCAGAGUACUUUUCAUGGGUAGGGAAUGUUUCGAAGCUCUUUCUCACCAUGAUUGUCAAGAAAUAUAUGAGCAGCAUCAGAAGGAAAUCAUUGAAAAAGCAAAACAUAAUUUCCAAGAACUAUUACUAGAACAUGCAGAUUUGUUCUACCAUUUCAAAAGUAUAGCGCCAUCAGGAACCAUAACACAAGAUGAUAUUAAAGAAAUAACAGAUGCAUUAGUAGAUGACUUUAGGUAUAAGGCUUUAGAUAGAUUAGAUCAAGAUAGAAAAUUAAUGCUUUUUCAACAUUUGGGAUUUGUACAUUGCCCUAUAAGAGAGCAUUGUCCAGCUUAUCCGAAUUGCAUGGAUGCACUUAUAGAACGGAUACUUGGAACAAAAGCUCAUAGGCCUUCUUCGUGGAAUCAUAGCAGUCAGUGGCAGUUAACGUCUGAUAAUAAUCAAUUAAAUUUAGUCAUACUUGGUAGCAACGGCCUUGGCGAGGAAUUCGCUCGUGAAAUCAGAGCACAAACAGAGGAUGACGAAGUUGAAAUUGAUUGUCAGUUAUAUACACUUGGGUAUCGAAUUAUUGAUGGCGAUGUCGGAUUACCGCACAAUUCAUUUACUACUUCAGACUUUAUGCCACAUGGAUCCUUUUGUAUUUAUUCAAACGAGGAUUCAUUCGAAUAUAUUCGUUCGUCUUUAGAGAAAACAUUGUUAUCAAAUUUAGAGCAAGAGGAUAGAUUACCAUUUCAAGGAUUACCUAUCGUCAUUAUGUUUGUGCCAGAAUCUACUAUAGACGAAAUGGAAGCAAUACGACUUAAGGAAGAGGGUCAAAAUCUUGCUGAUAGCUUACAGUGUCCAUUUAUCGAUGUCUGUAUAGAAGAUUUAGAACAAGACAAAAGAUUUCCUACUCCACUCGUGAAAGAUGCAUUGCAACAACUUAUACAAUCUAUAAAUCACAGAGCGGGUUUUCUAAAUAUUUACCAAAGUGUUAUCGAGUGUUUGGAACCUGAUAUUAGGAUAAUAAUGUGCAUGUUUUGCGGAGAUCCAUAUUCCGUGGAAAAUGUGCUUGGACCCCUACUCAAUCAUCAGUGUUGUUUUCUCAGUGGCGAUCGAUCAAUUGUCUUAGAAACAUUUCUAGGAGAAUCGAAACGAAGAGUUGAAGUUAUUAUUUCAAGUUUCCAUGGAGCGAAUGCGUUUAGGGAUGAAUUAGUGCAUGGUUUUAUACUGGUUUAUUCUACGAAAAGGAAAGCCUCACUCGCAACACUUAAUGCGUUUUCCAUGAAUAUACCAAACUUACCAAUACAAAUAAUGGCUGUGACCGAUACUGGAGGUGCUAACGCUUUCUUCAGUAAUGAUUUAAGUCAUUUACUUAUCACAGAGGGAAACGCAAUUGCGGAUAAAUUACAAGCCCACUUUAUGACCUCAGCAUCCAGUUGUCAACAAAAAACGGCCUUUUAUACACCAUUUUUCAAAGAAGUCUGGGAGAAGAAGCCUGAAAUUGAGCAAGCUUUCAAUAUGGAAGAACCAGGCAAUCUGAAUGAUAGCGGCGAAGGAACUUUAGAAUAUUCUGCAUUACAUCCUAUGCCACCGCCGCGACAUGAAAGCUAUCAUCUUCAGACACCAGAUGACGGUAUGUCUGUAACUUUCAGGAGCGGUUCUGAGUCGUAUGAACAAUUAACACCGGAUGGUGAUCUUGGAGAAACAGGCUUAAACGAACAGUUUGCGGAUAAUAGAGCCACACCUAGCGAUGACAGUGAUAUUUAUAGUCAAGUAGAUUUUUACAGGGAAGAAAGAGAAAGAGAAUUGUUAAAAUUUGGUGAUACUGCGAACAAAUUAGCCGGUUGGGUAAAGGAUACAUUUAUGCACCAAGAUGGAGUAACUAACAGUUAUUCUCACAGAGCUUUCACUACGGGUAGACGUCACAUUUCUCAAGCGAAACCGCGGCCAAAAGGAAAUAGCCAAACUUUGAAACAGCCAGGAAAAAUAAAUUUGAAAGAUUUCUCAAACGUGACAGACGCCAUAGCUAGAAUGACAGUAGGUGAGAAGGAUGAACAUGGUCCAAAAAUGACAAUGGGUCAUGCUCCCCUCGCUACGCCCGAAUUAGUAGAUCUUGGCUCUGAAUAUGCGCAAGUUAAAGACGUUGUACCAAGUCUGUAUCCUUCUUAUGACGGCGAUUACAUGUAUGCUUUAGUACAAGAUUCUAUUGGAAAUAAUAAACCUAAGCUGCGUCACAGACGCGACAAAGGACAACCCUCAUACAGCGAUUCUGAUUCAGAAUGGAGUUCUUUGGAAAGGCAAAGGGUAGCUGACGUGUUAGGAAAAGCAAAUAAGAAACCGCCGUCGCAUAAAAGGAUACGGAAAAAACGUACAGCUAUACCAGUGGCUGCACCAAAAGUUCCAUCCUUAGCUAGUAUGGGAAGCGGAGACGGUAUUGUUGGCCUGAAUUACAAUAUUAAAGAAGAUAAAAAUUGGCGUGUAAACUCAGCAGAACGUGUAUCUAGCGAAACACCAGAUUCUUCUGAGUCCAGUGAUCCAGAACACGCUUCCAGAUCAAGAUCCAAACAAUACAAACAUGCAGCUGCUAGUCUGCGUAAAAGAUUUGGGAAUUCAUUGCCACAACAACACUUAUCGACGUCGUUACAGCAUCCUUAUAACGUAAAACAUAUGACCCAAGAGAUGUUUAGCGCUUCUUCGAAACACAGGAGUGACAAUACAUUUGGCAACAUUCCAGAUGAUGAAUCCAGUCUAGACGUUUCUUCUCCGCGAGAAAUUAAUUCUCCUAGUGUCAAAGAUGGCGAUAAAUUAAACAGAAAGAAGGAUAAGCAGAAAGCGAAAGAAGAUGAGAAAUUAGAAAAACGUCGGCAGAAAGAAGAAAAGUUGAAAAAACAUGCAGAAAAAGAGAAGGAAAGAGAAAAAAAGAAGCAGGAGAAGAUAAAACAAACUAAAGGCCCUGGAGCAACGUUAAGUAUGAGCCAACCGCUAAUCGAAGAUUUUGCUCAGAGCGAAACAAAUCGAAUACCUUUGUUUCUUGAGAAAUGCGUGCAGUUUAUUGAAGAUGAAGGAUUGGAUUCUGAAGGUAUAUAUAGGGUUCCUGGAAAUAGAGCACACGUUGAACUUCUCUUUCAGAAAUUUGAAGAAGAUGGGAAUGUCGAUAUACAUUCAUUGGACAUACCUGUAAAUGCUGUUGCAACUGCUUUAAAAGAUUUCUUUUCAAAGAGAUUACCACCAUUGAUCGACAAAGAACGUAUGAGUGAACUUGAGGAUAUAUCGGGAGCUCGUGGUAUCAGCAAACCGAUGUCUGCUACAUGUAUGAAUAUGGAAGAUCGAAGCUGCAGAUUAUUGGCGCUACGUUUAAUGCUCAAUAAGCUGAAUCCAGUAAACUUUGAUGUACUCAAAUUUAUCUUUCAUCAUUUUGUGAAAGUUGCUGAAAAUUGUAAACUGAACAGUAUGGACAGUAAAAACUUGGCAAUCUGCUGGUGGCCUACAUUAUUACCUAUAGAAUUUAAUGAUCUUGGCAGAUUUGAAGCAAUGCGACCAUACUUGGAGGACGUGGUUCAAACGAUGAUCGAUCAAUAUCCUUUCCUGUUUUGUGGUGAAGAAGCAAUCGUAAUGGUGUAGUAAAAAGACUACAUAACUUUCUAAUUGUACAACUAGAACUUUGUACGAACAUCAGAAAAAUGAUUGUUGUGCAUCGAUAUCGAUGCGCACCGUUUUUUGCAAGGUUCAGUCCUUCGGGUCACGAGAAAGAAACGAUUGGUCUCGCUAUGUUUAUACUAUUUAGGAUUUCAUCGUAGCGCGUUUCAACUACGACUAGAAUAAUCCUCGUGACGCAAAAAAGACCGAACAAAUUAAUUUAAGUUUACGUAUUCGUUCUAUUGCGAGGUGUGACUGGUGGAAUGAUAGAUUAAUGGCCCUAAUGACGGCUGUUUACAGGCCCGAUAAUAACGCGAAUAAUAAAAAAAAGUCAAUCCAUGUGUCAUAACAGUAUGCAUGUAUCAUGUUGGAUGUAUUCAGAGCGAUGUAUUUAUUAACAUAUAUUUAGGCGUAAGAUUCGAUAUUUGAUAAUAGCGAAUAAUCGUAGUGAGCUCGAUGUUGCUUUUUUAUCUGAUCUUUUUUGUUCUUUUUUCUCUUUUCUUUGUAUUUUCUACAGAGUAAGAAACUGUUUGCCGUGUGCGACGUGUGCGCAUGUGCGUCUGUGUGAGAGAGAAGGAGCGAGAGGGAGAGAGAGAAAGAGAAAUGGCGCAAUCUCAUAAAAGAAUAUUCGUAUUCUAAAUGCGUUAAAGACAUUAUCAUGGACUGUACGUAAUAUCAUAUACAAACGUUCUCGAAUUCGUACGCAUUUUAUAUAGCAACGAUAUCAAAAAGUGGGAAAAACUUUUACAAGUAAUUUCAAUUUUCGAUUAACAAUUUUAUUCAGUCUCUUGAACUAUUAAUUAACUAUGUUUCGAAUUAGUAGUUUCAAGAAUACUCAGUUUUAUUUAAUGGGACUAGUUAAACCCAUUGGUGAUACAAUCCAUAAUAUAUCCAUUCCGUCUGAAUGAAAAAGAAAAUCGACAAAAAAAGAAAGGAGGAGAAAAGAAAAAACAUCACAUGUAAUUGCGGUUUUUUCAAAUCGUACAGCGAGUAAGUGUUUAUGUCAAAGCGAAUUAUAAGAUUAUCGAUACGGUUUUAAUUAUUAAGAUAAAAUUUUCAAGGUUUCCGGAUUUCUAACAAAUUUACGGGAAUACUAAAUGCUAAGAACAAUACUUAGAAUUUCACAGACACUUUUUUCAAGUUUCAUAAAGCGAACAUGUACAUAAGAUUAUAAGAUUGUACGCUGCGAAAAACUUUAUAACGAGGACCGAGAAGAUCGAUUAUCAAUACCUUCGAGAUUAUUCAGUGGUCGCCGUAACGUUCACGCGAAUCGCUUCUAUCCUUUUCUUUAUUUUUAUUUACGCGACGCUUGUUAUUUGAAACUAAGUGAGUAAUAGACGAAGGUUCGUGUUUUUAAUCGCGUAUUUGUAUUUCGUGUAACAAACGUUUCGUCUGUAUUUAUAAAAAGGUAUUUAUGAAUAUCCGAUUUUAUUUCUCGAGCAGCUACGUAGAUUAACUACGAUUGCAUUGCUUGUAAUCGGUCGUCGAACUAUAUACCGCCAUUGUUUAUUUUGUACCUGCUGCGUUUACCCUUUAUGACAAUUUAUUCGGCGAAAACUGUAAUUACAAAAACUUGCGCACAUAAAUUUCUUUAUGUGCUCCCAUGGAUAAUAGUUCCGACGAUCGUCGUUAGUGUCCUAAGAGUAAAAUUCGAUGAUAUAUAUUACGGUAGAAGUGUGCGAGUUUCCGAAAUUUCGAGAUCAAAACGAGACGAAAAACUUCCGGCGAGAUUGAGUAAAAUUGGAGUUCUAAAACUUUCGAGAUCUCGAAAAAUGGGCUCGAAUAAAAUCAAACUUAGGAGUUCACUAUUAACAUCGAUGCGUUGUAUUUAACAUUACAAUAUUAAAAUAUGAAAUUUAAAAAGAGUAGAGGAAAACUUUUGGGGUCCGUGCCAUAUUAGUGUAUCGCGAUUUCACUCGAUCUUGUCUAAGCUUAUCCAUCUUGCAUCGAAGUUCGAUUUCUUGAAGUUCAGGACAAUUCACAUACUUCUAUAUAACAAACAUCAACAGAUCAAACGACUGAGCCAUUAGAACUGUGAUGUAGUUACUUGUUUUAAAUAAUGUAUAAUAGUAACCAUUGAAAAGCAAACGGAUUGUUCCACGAUGCUUAUAACAGGAGCGACAUUUGUUGAUACAAAUUUAUUGUUUUACGAUCAGCGUGUAUUUUAGCUACGAUUCUUUUUUCAGCGUGCAAAACCUCUUCGUCUAUUAAACGCGGAAUGUUGUGGUCCGAUUCCAAAACGAACGACGGUAAAUUGAUGUAGGUGUGCCAUAUUGUACGUAGAUGUCACGAUCGUGUAAUCGUAUAUCUUUGGCGACUGAACGUUUGAAAAGUAUAGAAAGCAAAGCAAAAAAAGCACAGGAGGAAUGGGGUUAAUCGACAACCGACGAUGAACGAUGGAGCCACUGUGAGCAAGUUUGUUCGUUUGUUUUUUCAUUUUUAUUCGUUACUCCAAAAUAUAACGAGAAACAUUCCCGUGAGUAACGUCGAUGUUACUUAGGGUUUCACGAGGACGAAUGCGACGAGGUUGGCGUUGUCGAGAGAAAAGAAAAUAAACUGUCUCGAUCGAUUCACGUCAGCGUUGACGAUUUCGUCUUCGAUGAAUUUUGCACUGUCGUAUAUUUAUAAGGAAAAAAAUCGUUGUAACGAUAUUUCGAUGAUCCAACGACGAGCGGAAACGCUUGGCGGCGAGCUGCGGAUCGUACAUUCCCGUAUUAGUCGUAAAUGAAAGGAAAAAAAAACAAAACAGAAUUUUAUACAUUCGUACGUACAUAAUUGUAUAAUGUUAUUAAUAGGAACAAGAGACGUCGAUGUUACGUGUGAGAUCUGGGAUACGGAUCAAAAUGCUGUCUGAAUAAUAAUGACAUGAUUUCUGUCAUUGUCGCUGAA